AUGAAGAGCAGUUUGAAACCGAGCCGUCGGUACGACGAGGAACAAGCCGUGUUUCGCACCACCAGCUCUGGCGAUGCCUCCGAGUCUUCCUUUCAGAGCUCCAACUUCAGUUUGGGGUUCAGUGGACAUCAGCAGAACAACAUGGAGGACUCGAGCCGUAUGGACGACACCAGCUACUCCCAUCAUCAGGCAUCGCGUGGCAAAAACAAGAACGGCUUACCAGGAGUCACUGAAGAACCACCCUCACCAAUAAGUGGACGUCGCAGUCACAGCGCCGGUCAAUUGCAAAAGAAUCGUCGUCACAAGAGAGCCGACGAUCGCAAGGCGUCUUCGGCUGUCGCCCGCUUGUCGGGUGGAAGAAGAGGCAAGAAGGGUCGUCGUGGCAAUAAGAAGACGAAUGGCAAUCAAACCGAAGGCAGUUCGUACAGCGAUGCGGAUGCUGGCGAUCAAUCCACCGUCUUGGGAAUGGACGAUUCCGUCAGGGAACGAAAGGGAUAUUUCGAAAAUUUGGCACCGUCGCGUGCCAUGACCAUGGUCUUGGGACUCUUCUUUACCCUCAUCUUGGUCAUUCCCGUCACAUUGGCGUCGAUUGGACAAAAGAGUAAUAAGGAGAAUACCAACACGCAGCCGCCGCAAGACGAAAAUGCUACAAAUGCUACCAUGAUGAUUACAAAUAUUACUUCCAACUACUACAACACCAGUCUCGACUUGGACGAUGGCUCUUAUUUACUGGAGCAACCAGAAGAGGAAAUUGAGGUCGUCAACACGGACUACAACAACGAGACGGAAGGUCCUCAAGCAGCAGCAGAAAAUUCGGAACCUCCCACUCCUCCUCCGGUCCUGAUCAGUGAAGACACCAUACAGUACAUCCAAUCCGUUCUACACAACAGCACCACCGUCUUCAUUAAUAAUAUCACUCAUCAUGAUGCUACCACGGACCAGUCCUUGCCGGCAUUCCAGGCGUAUCAAUUUCUACUGCAGGAUCCUCAGGUGGAAACCUACCCCGAUUGGAGGAUUCGUCAGCGUUUUGCCAUGGCCACCUUUUUCUAUGCCUUUAAUGGACCCCAAUGGAUCACAUACACCGGACAACAAACAACACCAUCGCAAGGAGGUCUGGAUUAUAAUAUUCACGAGUGUGAUUGGUGGUGGGCGAAUAAUGAUAUUGGAGAGAAUAUCGAUAACGACGAAACUACGUGCCAUGCCAAUGACACCAUCGCUCGUCUAGCCGUGUCCAACAUGGAAGGAUUCCAAGGAACCAUGCCGGAAGAAAUUUCCAUGUUGUCGCAUUUGCAAGCCAUACAGUUUGAUCAGCUACUCUACUUUGACAGUCCAUUGACACAUUUAUUGACACCGGCCAUGCAAAAUUUGACCGAAUUGACGUCCUUUCAUUGUACCAGUUGCGAUCUGCUGCUCGAGGGUGGCAAUCCCCAAGGAGCGCCGUUGCCGGAUAAUUUGCACGAGUACAUGCCCUUCCUGCAGGACUUGGUGAUUGCCAAUAGCCACUUGAUCGGGUCGCUUCCAACGCAGUGGGGGUUGACAACACUCACGUCUCUGGUGUUGGCAGGGAACGAUUUGGAAGGAUCGCUGCCGUCUGAGUUGGGCAUCCUCACCAACUUGCAGCUCCUGAGUCUGCAUCACAACAAUUUCAAAGACCCCGUACCAAACGAUAUUUGGUCCUCACUCACAUCUCUGCGUGAUUUUGAUGUCAGUGGCAACAAACUCACCGGUACGAUUGGAACCGAAAUCGGGCUUUGGACGGAGCUACGACAUUUUGAUAUCAAGGGUGGCAAUCGAAUGAGUGCAGCUGCUCCGGACCAAGGUGGUGAUAGAGAUACGGUUGGCCUGGCAUUGCCGAGUGAAAUUGGUCUCUUGUCAAACAACCUCCAAGCGCUCAAAAUUGGAGGGAAUCGACUGGGCGGUAUGCUGCCGUCAGAGCUUUCGGGUUUGUCGGCCUUACAACUUUUGGGACUUACUGGUAAUGAUCUACAAGGGAGUAUCGAUGAUUUGCUUACCAAUGUCGUUCCACAAAUGUCCAGUCUGCAACAAUUGGCAUUGGGCGGGAAUCAAUUCCAAGGGACGCUUCCUCCGCAAGGCAUUGCUGACACCGCCUCGAGCGUCGCUUUCUUGACUCUGUUGGAUAUCAGUGACAAUCUCAUUGAAGGUGAGAUCCCGUCGGAGUUGGGAUUGAUGACAACACUGACAGACUUGGCCAUGCAUACCAAUGCAUUGAACGGUGCGUUGCCAAGUGAAUUGGCACUGUUGACAGCACUCGAAUCAUUUUCGGUCGACGGCAACGACGUGACAGCGCAAGUACCGCAGGAGAUGUGCGACGCGAUACCGCCAUUGAACUUUACCAACUUUCAGUUCGGAUGGUGUCAAGGUCGGGGCGAAUGCUGUUCGUAA